GUAUAUGUUUCAAACACAGUUUUAGCAUUAGCAAAAAUCUAUUUGUCGAUAAUUUUGUUAAAUCAAUAUAAAAAUCUGUGACAAAAUGAAACUCUUAGUUUUUUUCUUUUCCAUGCUAUUUUCUUUCGGACAUCAAGAUACUAUACAAGAAACGAUCAGUGGAUACAUAGAAAAAUUGAGAGAUAAAAUAUCAGAACCCAUAACAAUAGAGACACUAAAUCUUGACUUGUCAGGCAUUAACAAUGUCUCGGGAUCUCUCAGUGCGAGCAAUGUGAAUAUACAGGGUCUUAAGGCUUUCGAUAUGAAUAUAAUUUAUAACAUUUUACCAUCUGGGUUUGUCUUGACAAUCGAUUCUAUCAAAUUAAACUUGAACUAUGUGGCUGAUGUGACUUUAGCCAAUUCACCACUGCUCAACAUUUUUGGAGAAGGGAAAGGAAGUGUGGAGCUGACGAAAUUUGUAGUUGAAGGAAAUUUGACUGUUGUUUCAUUGUUGCCAGCAAUAAAUAUUACCGUAUCAGGGAUGCGUAUGCAUCUUGAUGAUGCAGUGUUUAAAUUUGACGGCUUGUUAGAUGAUGAAACCUUCAGCAACGAGUUUAACGAAUUUUUAACCGGCAAUGUCGCCAAUCUUUUCAACGCAAAUGAGCACGCAAUAUCAACACUAGCAGAAGGUCCUGUGAAUAAGAUUCUAGGCGACGUACUAGCUAACAUUACUACAUCGGCAGAACCUUACGACUACAUAGUUGGAGAGUACUUGUCAAACAUAGAGGGUUUUAAUUCAGAAGAAGUGUCUCCGUCGAUCAUUGAAAUAUUAUUUUCAAUGCUUAGCUCUUUAUUGUUCAAAACACACCAGGAAAAUAUGAAAUAUUUAAAUUGUUUCACAUUAAAUCUUAUUGCUCUAUAUAUUGCAGCAUCCCAAAACCUUGAAGAAAUUCAAUAUACAAACCAGCUGGGUGGUGUAAUUGAAAACACGAUAAACACUACUCUGAAUAGAUUCAAGGCCAACUUGACUGACCCAAUUAGUAUAGCUUCAAGAAGUUUUAAUUUUGGAGAAGAAGAGGCAUUAAGUGGAGGUUUCAAUGUCAGCAGCCUUAAAAUCGGCGGAGUCAAAGACUUCGUUGCUGAGGAAAUUGAAGUAAACAUGGAGCUCCAUAAAAUUUACAUGAAGAUCGCCUUAUGCGAUCUCAGUGUAAAUUUUAAGUACUGGGCAGAUAUGUUGCUCUUAAAUUUAGUUCCGCUCUAUGGGCAGGGAAGGAUGGGCAUUAACUUCGAUGAAGUAGAAGUAGAGGUACAAGCAGCGAGUAACACAGAUGAAGAAGAAAAUAUUAAAAUUAAAGACGUCGCCCUCCUGUUCUCUUUAACUGAGACCACCUUUGAUUUGAAAGGACUGAUCAACAAUUCGGAGUACAGCGCCCUCAUAAGCAACGUUGUUACGGACAAUUUUGUAAAUUUCGUCAACCACAACGCAGAGAUGAUUUCUCAGACCAUUAGCCCCAUCGUAGAAACCAUCAUCAACUCGAUUCUGGAGCCUGCAACAGAAAACCUACAUGUCAAAGAAGUGAAAGUUAAAGUAAACACUUGAAUGUUGCAUUGUGUU